CCAAAUAAUAAGCGAGGGAAGGGACACACAAGUGACUUUUCUUAAUGUAUUCCACCUGUUUCUCAUCUCAGCUGUGUUAGCGAGUUAGUCCCAAGAAGGUUUCCAUCCAGAGCUGACAUGGAGUAUCUAGGGAGAAGACUGCUUUCAGCGUUCCUGCUUUUUCUGCCUCUUCUGUAUGUCAGAUGUCUCUCCAAUCAAAAAACUACAGUCUCCUGGUGUGUGCUGUCUGAUGCUGAGGAGCAGAAGUGUCUGGAUUUGGCCGGAAAUGCUACAGCCCGAAAUGUAAAAGGAACACUGCAGUGUGUCCGUGGCUUAAACACCAGGGACUGUAUGGAAAAAAUCAAGAAUGGAACUGCAGAUGCAGCCUCCAUGUUUGGAGAUGACAUCUAUGCUGCUGGUUUCUGCCAUGGCCUGGAGCUUGCUGCAGGAGAGUCCUACAAUGGUGUAGAUGGUAUCAGCUACUAUGUGGUGGCAAUGGCGCGCCGCUCCUCCUCAGACCUGUCCCUGCUCGAGAUGCAUGAGCGCAGCUCUUGUCACCCCGGCAUUCGAACCACAGUGGGGUGGACUGUUCCCAUUGGCUAUUUGGUCAACACAUCCCAAAUCAGUGUAGGAGAGCAGUGCAACUUCCCGAGAGUGGUGGGGAACUUCUUCGGCUAUAGCUGCGUGCCAGGCAUUAAGGAUCCCCAGCACGAUCCCAGAGGCAACAAUCCAAAGAACCUCUGCGAGGCCUGUAUAGGAGACGAGAACGACAGACACAUCUGUGCCAACAACCACAGAGAGCGGCAUUACGGAGAAUCUGGAGCUCUGAGGUGCGUGGCUGAGAACCUCGGCGACGUGGCUUUUGUCAAACACGCAACAGUCUUUGACAAUUUGGAUGGUAAGAACCAAGAGUCCUGGGCCCUGGAUCUGGAGGUGGAGGACCUGAAGCUGCUGUGUCCUGAUGGAACGGAUGCCGGUCUGGAGGAGUAUGAACAAUGCCACAUUGCCGCAGUCCCUGCCAACGCUGUGGUGGUGCGUAUGGAGGACAAGUGCCGUGUCUGGAAGUACCUGGAACGCUUACAGAAUGUGUUUGGCAAUGCCACGGAGGGCUUCAGCCUGUUCAGCUCAGCAGGCUAUGGCCAAUCCGAUCUGCUGUUCAGUGAUGCCACCCACCACCUGCAGAGAGUUCUGGGUAGCUACUCCUCUUGGCUGGGCCCCACUUAUACCACUGUGCUGCAAGCCUUCGAGUGUGAGGGCUUCUGCUGAUGGAAGAGGAGGAAGACAUCCAGCACAUCAUCUUCCACCCCAUCCCGCUUUCUCCAUCCUCCCUCCCUGCCAUCUGUGUCCCCCGUCUCACCAUAUUUUCUUCUUUUAGCUUUGCUUUAUUAAUGUUUUUUCCCCCCUGCAUUUCACCACCCAAUCUUUAAUAUUAUAUCCUUGCCCUCCUCCAAACUUUUAUGACUUUUAAUAUGCUUGCUGGCAGGUUAUGACAAGGUUAAAGAGUGGCUAGUUGGCUGUUAAAACAUAACUAAAAUUGAACAUGUUUUUUAAAGGGCGCUGGGGGGGAAAGUGUAGAAAAGAAAGGGAUAGGACAAAAAAGUUAAUGAUUGUUGUGGUUUUUCUUUUGUGUUUGAUUAACACAUACCAAAAAAAAUCUCUUAACAUUUGCUGCCCUGUAUAUUUGUUGGGAAACUGCAGCCUUCUUGGCUUGUUUCAUUAGACUAAGCUUCGGUACCACCCUUCCACCUCACUCCCACAGGGUCUGUCUCUGGCACUGAACAACUGGGUGCUAUUAACUUUUUGCUUAGAAGUCUCAGUUACUGUAUGUGUGUGUGUGUGUGUGUGUGUGUGUGUGUGUGUGUGUGUGUGUGUGUGUGUGUGUGUGUGUGUGUGCGCACCUAAUUGGUGCUCUGGCAUACUAUACUGUUUGUGCAUGUGUGUGAGUGCAUAUGUGCGUUAGUGUUGAUAGCAUUCCUGCUUUCCCAUGCCUUGUAUAGCUUACUCCUUUGGAUCACUGCUUUCUCACGUCCGGUAUGGUGAUCCAGGCUGUGUCACCUCACAGUGUAUUUUAACACCUUAUGAUUAGAAAAGGGGGAGGACUUAAAGUUGAGUUGCCUUCAAUGACCCUUGAGGGAGUCUUAAAAAAAUGAUAAUUUUCUCAUCUGUGACAACAUUUGCGUCACCCAGAUUCCUCAAGAUUUGCAGCCUCUCCCACACUGCUGUCUUUAUACACAUGUGGGGGGUUUUCCUAUAAUAUGUCAUUUAUAAUUUAACAUUACCACCAGUAGUGAGAUGAUGAUAAUGAUAAUGUGUAAGAGUUACUAACAGCAGGAUGUUUAAUUAGUCAGUUUUGAAUUUAAUCUUAUUAAAAAACUGUCCUGGGGAAUUACUAAAGAAAUUGCAACUGCAAUUGACAAAAAGAAAAACAAAACAGCAUCUAUAAGCAUUUAUAAGGCUCUAUAAUUAAAGAGACGCAACCAGUUUGACCUUACUUGACCUACUGAAUCGUGUACUGUAAUUGUGGGCUUUUCACCUCAUGUCCACCUCAUGUUAUUCCACAUAGCGCAUCACUGAGCUUGGCAAUCAACUGAUAAGCCGGAUGAAGUUCUCCUCAUCAAACUGUGGUCUUUAGACCUCGUCAUGCAUGAAGAAUCCACAGCUGGUACAACAGAUAAUUUGCAGAAAUUUGGCGGCAGAUUUUUUUGUGUGUGCAUUUCUGUUGUAUUUCUUCAACUCUGGUUUUGGUGCUGUUUGUUGCUACUUUUGUCCAGGCUUGAUGUAAAUACUCGUCUCUUCGUGAAUGUGUAGUGCUGCAAACCUUCUUUAUUUUCAACCAAUUAAACGAAUGAUGAUAAA